CAUUAACACCGGAUAUCGAUAACUUUCAUGCCCUUUACCCAGAUGAUAUACACGCCGGUCGAAGGGCUUAAAAAUUAAAUUAUUAUACAGACGAAGUUGAAAUCUUAGCCGGUGACAGCUGUUCUAUUCGAAUUAACAUCAGCUUAAUUAUGGCAGCCGCAGUUACGAGAAGGAUACCUAUGGUGGUAAAAAAUGGUGGCGCCAUUCAAGUACGAAAUCUUAUAACGAAGAAGGCAGAAGUGCUCACUGACUUUGAAGCUCAGCAUAAAAUGCCAGUUGCAAAACGUGUGGAUGCCAUCCCUAUAGCUCAGUAUGGAGGACGCCAUGCUGUGACAAUGUUAGCUGGUGGUGGUAUAGGCCCAGAGUUGAUGAAUUACGUGAAACAAGUCUUCAGAGUUGGUGGUGUGCCAGUCGAUUUUGAGGAUGUGCAAAUGAACCCAAAGAGUGAAAGUAAUGAAGAUCUAGAAUACGCAAUAACUUCAAUUAGGAGAAAUGGUGUUGCUAUAAAAGGUAACAUUGAAACUGGCAGCAUGAAUCGAGCUGUAAUAUCACGAAAUGUGGCUUUGCGAAAUGAAUUGGAUCUGUAUGUGAACGUACUCCACUGCAAAUCUUAUCCUGGUAUUCCCACAAGGCAGAAGGGAGUUGAUAUCCUAAUUGUAAGGCAAAACACGGAAGGAGAGUAUGCCAUGUUGGAGCAUGAGAGUGUUACGGGUGUAAUCGAAAGUAUGAAGGUAGUGACACAGGAAAAUUCUGAAAGAGUGGCACGAUAUGCAUUUGAAUAUGCAAAAAAGCAAGGACGAAAGAAGGUUACUACAAUCCAUAAGGCUAAUAUCAUGAAACUUUCAGAUGGACUGUUUCUGGAAACAUCCCGUCAGGUAGCAAAAGAUUAUCCGAAUAUAGAACAUAAUGAUAUGAUCAUUGACAACUGUUGCAUGCAACUGGUUUCUAAUCCACAUCAGUUUGAUGUUAUGAUAAUGACAAAUUUGUAUGGUACAAUAGUAUCAAAUGUGGUCUGUGGAAUAGUUGGUGGUGCUGGCUUACUAUCAGGAAAGAAUUAUGGAGACCAUUAUGCAGUUUUUGAGCCUGGCACCAGGAACACAGGAACUGCAAUUGCUGGAAAGAACAUAGCAAACCCCAUUGCAAUGUUAAAUGCUGCUGUAGACAUGCUUGACCAUUUAGGUCAUGUCCAUCAUGCAAAGAUUAUCACAGAAGCUAUAGAUAAAACUAUAAAUGAAGACCGUAUCCACACACCAGAUUUGGGUGGAACUGCAUCAAGUACAGAUGUUGUAGAAAAUAUUCUGAAACAUGUUCAAAAAGCAACAAAGUCUGUUUACUGGAUAAAACCAGGAUCAGUGAGGGUUUCUGCUUAGAGGUUCCUCAAUACACUACCAAGAUGAUAACCUGGAUGUUGACUUUGCAGUAUUAUUAUUCUUUAUGUCCUAUUAACAGGUAUAAAUCUGUGAUGAAAUUGUUUUUAAAAAUUUGCAAUUAAUAUUAUGUUUGGAUUCGUUUAAAUUGUUGAAUGCAGUUACACAAUAUAAACCGUGGGUGGCUAAGAGCACCCAGUUUUUGAAAUGGGAACAAGAUUAGCGCAGUCUGAAAACUGACAUUUCAUUUCCUGUAUCACAUCAGCUAUUUUCUGUCAAAAUGAAUAUUUCUCCUAGUGGAGGGAACCUCGGCAGCAAAAGAAUUAAGCAGACUGCAAAUGUAAGAAAAUGUAAACUAAGUCAAAUGUCGUUCUUAUUUCAAUGACUGAUGAACAGGUACUCAUGUUUUAAUCGUAAAGUAAUAUUUAAUUUACUGUGAUGUUCUGUUUGUGAUACACUUGCACAGGUUAUAAUUAGUAAUAUGAGUUUCUGAGGGCACGACAUCUUGUCCCCAACUGGUGUAACAUUGACAUGCUGAUGGUGGUUCUGUUCUUACCAAAUAGGGAUUUUAAUUUCCUUCAUACACCAUGGGAGCACUUGCAUACAGGCCACUGAGUUGUCAUUUUGCACAGUUAAAGAGUCUUCUAUUUGAAAAAUAAUUGCUCAGAAGUUAAUUUUGUUCUUCAGAGGAACAACAGAAAUUGCCUCUAAUGCUGCAAUUCUAAUUGUUAUACCAUAUACACCAGGCAGGUAUACAUAGAAGUAAAUGGUAGUUUUGAAACAUAGAUAACAUUACAAAAUAAUUAGUCUUCAAUUUUAUUCAGAUAGUUUACUUUGUAAUUAAAAUUGGUUAUCAUUUUGGAAAAUGUGUAAUGUUGAACACAGCAGAUGGUUAGAUUGUGGACUCUGUUACAAAAUGAAUAAAACAUAUUCCAUGCACAGCAAAUAAUGACAUGAAUAAAUAAUGUAACUUAAUUAGUACAUUCAAAUUAAUGGGAAAAGGAGUAUUUUUAGAAACUACCAUGAGUAGAGUAAGAACUUUUGUAUUUCGUCACUAAAUCAGAAGAACUGCUUGUCAGCAUAGUAUUCCAGCUGCGUUACUUAGAUUCAUACUCACAGUUUACUGGUAUUCAUUUUUAAGGAUGUUAUUGGACCAUUUAUUCAGUGAUCAUAUGCCUUCAUUAUUCAUUGUUGUGAUGUGAAGGUUUGUCGUACUAAGAAGUGGACUUGAACUUCGGUAAACUGCAGUUAACUGUUACUCAAUUUGAGUAAGAUGCCGAGAACGGGCUGCAGAAAUUGUAUCGUUCCAAUUUGUACAACUCUACUGAGGUAGCACUUGAAUUUUAGGGUACCUGAAUUUUAGGAGCUGGAAUUUUUGAUAACAUUCUACUACAGUCCUCAUUAUCCAGCCUGCUGUUUAUUGGAUAUGGUGCAUUGAAACACAUUAUUAGUAUCUAUUGAAUGUGCAGCCAUCGUUGUGUUCAAAGCUGUAAUUCACAAAGACAGUGUCCCUUCUCAGCAUGUUUGUCAUGAUCUUUGACAAACUGGCUUUGUGUGUCAAAUUGUGAACAAAUAUACAAAAUAUAUUUUAUUUAUUCCAUUUACUACCAGUAGUAAAACAAAUAAAUAAGAAAACUUCAUCAGUACAGCCAGUACUUAAAAUAACAACCACACCUCAGGAAAGAUGUAGAGAUGCUGGGAAUGCUGUCCUUUCGACUCAUUAUAUCAAAACUAAAUUGCUGUGUACUGUUUUAUUGAAUAUCAAAGUUAGUUUCUCCACACUAUAAAAGUACGUUUCUUUCUAUGGUGUCAUUUCAACCAUGUGGAAUAUGAUCACUUAGCAAGUGGCCUACACAUUUAUCCCAAUCGUAAGUACUGAUGUCCUGGUGACUUCUGGAUCAGUCAAAUGAAGUCCUCCAUCAACAAAAUAUGCCCUCUCUUUGUCAUUUUACACUUUUUUCUUUAUAUUCUUCUGCCUGCCUUCCAGAAACCUGUUUCUUGAUACAUUUAUUUGUGUAACACAAUGGAUGUUGGCACUGAAGUCCUGCUGAAUCUCAAGUCCUGUGUGUCACUUAUUACUUAUAGUGUCAGUGCUAAUGACUUUCCUCUUCUAUGUGGGAAGUGGAGGUUCAGAGUACAUUCAUUGUAAUAUAUUGUCACAGAGGUGCUAAAAACGUAAGAUAGUUGGCAGCUACCUCUGCAUUUACAUGUAUUCAUGUGUAAUUGUCUCCUAAUGGUUGUCACAGUGGAGGGUAAAUGAGGCCGUAUAUCUUCAAAAACGGUUUGUGUGUGGUUAUAUAUAUAUAUUUCCAUUGCUGAAGUAAGACUGCAAGAGUAAACAGAAAAUAUGUCUCUCUUGGUAACUGAAUUAUGCACAUUUACCCAAACUUGCCACUAUCUAGAAAUAAAAUUGGUCAAAUAAUAAAGAAAUAAAGUUAUUGAUGCAAAAUACCUAAAUAUUACCACAUUUUUAUUAAAAGAGUCUAUGCAGUGCGUUUGUUGGUAAAGUGUUGAUUAUAGAAUAUGAGAAUUGUAGGAACUGGAAUAGGAAGGAAUAUAGUACGUUACUGUGUUAAAAUAUGUAUGUUCUCUUAUUUGUAUCCUCCAUAGGACUGCAUCAAUUAAGUAUUUAUAUAAAAAUGUGAGAUGUAUUGUAUAGAGUUUCCAAUUGCCAAAUAAAUUUUUUAACAAAGA